GGGUCUCCGGGCAGCUGGGGGAUUUCCUGGGCGGAAGCAGCGGAGGGGGUUUCCAGUGUGAUCAGCCUAGUCCUCUCCGCUGGAUCUGUGAACUGGAUCCCAGAGACUCUCCCUCACAGAGCGGACCGACUGAACCCCAAACCCGAACCCCGAACACGAACCCGGACCAUGACGAGUCCGCCUGAAGCCUGGAGGCUCCGAGGCAGCGGCAGCGGCAGGUCGACGGUUUGAAUCCGGGAGAGAGUCCGCCGAGCCGAGGAGCUGCUGAGCCGAGCCGAGCCGAGCUGAGCCGAGCUGUGGCCUGCGGAGGAGAUUCAUGUCAUGUCAGCAGGGAGGAGUGCUGACGGGAGGGAGGUGCAGAUUCCCCUCCAGCAGGUGGCGCCCUCCAUGGCCACGCCCCUCUCGGUGGUCCCACCCAUCCCACCGCCCUCUCAUCGGCCAGUCAAUCCCUGGCCUCCCAACGACCCCAACAGUUCACAAGGUGUUCCUGCAGGUUUUCUGCCUCUUCAUGGAGGAUUCAGAGAUCACUUUAUAGAAACUCCAGAAGCUAAAUACUGCUGCGAGGCCUGCAGGCUGGUCCUGUGUCAGCCGCGCCAGACUGAGUGUGGACACCGCUUCUGUCAGAGCUGCAUCAACGACAUCCUCAGUCAUUCAAACCCGGUGUGUCCAGCUGACAUGGAGCCUCUGUUCAAAGACAAGAUCUUUAGAGACGUUUGCUGUCAUCGGGAGAUCAUGGCGCUGAAGGUUUUCUGUCGCAGUGAAGCUAACGGCUGUCAGGAGCAGAUGAGUCUGCAGCAGAUACCUGACCACCUGAAUGUGUGUCCGUUCUUCGAGGUGCCCUGUCCGUUGGGUAAAUGUAAGGAGCGAAUGAUGAGGAAAGAGAUUCCUGACCACCUGAACUGGAAGUGUAAACACAGAGAGACCGGCUGUGAGUUCUGCUUGACCAAGAUGCCUCUGACUGACCUGCAGAAACACAAAGAGACGGUGUGUCCAGCGUUCCCCGUGUCCUGUCCAAACCACUGCUCCUUCUCCUCUCUGCCACGCAGUGAGCUCUCCAGUCACCAACACGACUGUCCCAAAGCUCAGGUGACCUGUCAGUUCCACCGCUACGGCUGCACCUUCAAGGGUUUGAAUCAGGAGAUGAGGCAGCACGAGUCCACCUUUGCAGCUGAACACCUGAGAAUGAUGGCCAACAGGAACUCCACGUUAGAGAAGAAGGUGGAGGAUGUUAAAGGGGAGCUGUUGGAGAGGUACAAGGUGCUUCCUGCUCUGAACAGUCGUCUGUCCGAGCUGGAGAAUCAGAACGAUGAGCUGCGAGAAAAGAACCGACAGAUGGAGCAGAAACUGGCCACCAUGCAGAAACUAAUGAGCUCUCACUCUGAGAAGCUGCUGGAGGUGGAGCUGGAGCUCCGGUCUCUGCGUCUGCUCAGAGAGGAGGUGGAGAACCUGCGAGGAACACUUGAUAACGUGUGGACCAGGCUCAACGCUCUGGAACAAGGAGGGCGUGGCGGGACAGGAUCCACACACACGCUAGCGUCUCUGGAGACUCAGCUGAAGCGACAGGACGAGAUGCUGAGUGUACACGAGAUCCGAUUGGCCGACAUGGACCUGCGAUUUCAGGUGCUGGAGACAGCGAGCUACAACGGGACUCUGAUCUGGAAGAUCCGCGACUACAAGAGGCGGAAACAGGAAGCGGUGGCUGCAAAGACUCUGUCGUUGUACUCGCAGCCGUUCUACACGGGAUACUUCGGGUACAAGAUGUGCGCCCGUGUCUACCUGAACGGGGACGGGAUGGGCAAGGGGACACACCUAUCACUGUUCUUCGUGGUCAUGAGGGGCGAGUACGACGCCCUGCUGCCAUGGCCCUUCAAACAGAAGGUGACUCUGAUGCUGAUGGACCAGGGUCCGACCAGGAAACACCUGGGUGAUGCCUUCAAGCCCGAUCCAAACAGCAGCAGCUUCAGACGCCCAGUGGCUGAGAUGAACAUUGCAUCGGGCUGUCCUCUGUUUGUGUCUCAGAGUGUCCUGGAGACAGGAAGCUACAUCAAAGACGACACCAUCUUCAUCAAGGUUACCGUGGAUACCUCUGAUCUUCCUGAGCCAUGAUGUUGUGACCCCUCUGACCUUUGACCCGGCUGGUCUGAGAUCAGCUGACCUGUCCACACCCAGCAGAGCAAAGGAUGAUGGGAAGGAUCAGAGACGAUGGAGGAGGCUCGUCCAUCAGAGCGACACAGACAGAAGAGAAGAAGAGUCAGACAGGAAGCAGCCAAUUAGAGUGGACUUAAUAGAGACCGGAGGGCGGGGCCUCUUCUGAUUGGCUGCUGGACAACAGAGAAGUUUGUGUUUGUUUGUAUGGUUCAGUGGUACCAUGACAUCACCAUGGUGAUAUCACUCAGAGCCAACAUGGCUGCCGCAGCAGGACGUUGUUGCUGCUCAUUACUGAUGCUGUGCAUCAAGCUUUACUUCCUGUUUAUUACCUGUUUACCAAGGCAUGCUGGGAUAUUGAUUUCAGCCACAGAGGAGCUCAGAACACUGCAAAGACCAGGACAGACCACAGAAACCAGGUAACACCACAGGAACCAGGACAGACCACAGGAACCAGAACAGACCCCAGGAACUGUAUAGACCCAGAGUAUAAAGAGACCCAGAGAAAAUGCAUUUAAUCAUCAAACUACAUCCAGUUCAAACUAUUUAUUCUGAAGAACUUUGUUUGUCAUUUGUGAUGGAUUCAUUCCUCUCCUACACACCUGUCUCAUCAAACUUUGGUACUUUUUGAUGCAAUCGAUCAUCAAAAUAUCAUAUUUAAAACACAUGAUAUUUAGAAGUGUCAAACUAGCAAACACUUACACACAAACCAAAAACUAUUAUUCAGCUGAAUGUUUCCAAAAGUGUUGACAGAAUAAAGGCUCCCACCAGUUUACAUGAUAACGGAAACCAGUUGAGUUCCAGUAAUGUCCCAGUAUUGGUUCCUAAUAUGUCCCAGUACAGGUUCCCAGUAUGCAUCAUUAAAGGUUCCCAAUACAUCCUAGUAUUGGUUUCCAGUCAAGGUUCCUAGUGUAUCCCAGUAUUG